CCCUGCGGAAGCGCUGCCAUCCCGACAUCGCCGGACCUGCCGGCCACAACAUGGCCAUCAUUCUCAAUGAAGCUUACUCUGUUUUAUCCAAUCCCACCGCUCGUUCAUCUUAUGACAAGGAGCAAGCAAAGAUUGAAGAGCUGAGGGGAUAUACGGGAAAACCCUUGUACUCUAUUUGGUUGGGUUCUGAAAAUGAGCGAAGAGCAGUGUUUGUUGAUGAAGUGAAGUGUGUGGGUUGCUUGAAAUGUGCCUUGUUUGCGGAGAAGACAUUUGCCAUUGAAUCAACAUAUGGAAGAGCAAGGGUCGUGGCUCAGUGGGCUGACCCCGAACACAAAAUCCAAGAGGCUAUUGGAUCAUGUCCUGUUGAUUGCAUUUCGAUUGUAGAGAGAUCAGAGCUUGCUGCCCUUGAGUUCCUAAUGUCCAAGCAGCCACGUGGCAACGUAACAGUGGGUGCCGAAAACACUGUAGGGGCACGUGUCUCGAAUAUAUUUGAUGAUGUCAAGAAGUUUCAACAGAGAUUUGUUGAUGCCGUGGACAAAGCUGCUAUGAAAAAUUUCAAGGAGGAAAAUGGUUAUAGGGAAGAAAGGAUGUCUGCAAUCCAAGCAAUCAAAUCAUUUUCAAAAUGGUUAUAUUGGAAACCACCAAAUGUGGGAGGUUCCAUGUCAGAAUGUCAUCAAAACUUGACACGCAUUCCCCAAAAGUCAAAGGAACAAGAUAUUAACAAGCUCCGAGAUGCUGCUGCUGCUCGCAAACAAGCAAGAAAUAGCUUGAGAACAAUCAGCAACCGGAAUCAAUCAAACAGUUUGUAUCAUGACGAGUACUGGAUUCCCUCAAGACAAGCCCUUCCUGCCUCAAUUGAUGGUUUCAAUGAUACUUCUAAAGUUGCUUCAAAGCCUUUGCAUACCAUAAAACUGAAGGAAAAAGAUGACCAAGUUCACAAUGAACAUGGAAAAGAAAGGAGGAACAGCUUUGAGUGGGGACUUCUAGUGAUGACAGCAACAAUUGCUGGUAGUUAUGGUACGAUUACAAGUUGCAGGCAGAGUGGUUAGUGAAGUAGAAGAACAUAUAGGUGGUUCUUUGGCAUUAACAAUAGUUAAUAGCUCUUGGAUGCAGGUUCUACUAGCAGGGAUUACAUGGUAUUGCAUUGGAAUUGCAAUAGUAGAAUUAGUAGAAACUCUCUGGAAUAGGUGAGAGAAGUAUACAAAGAAAGGACACUGUUAAUGAAAACAACUUCAUUUG